AUGGAAAUCAUUACGAAGAGGUUCUACUCGAACCUUUUCCGUUCAUUAACUCCUGUGUCGAGCCCGAUCAUCCCCAUUGGUAAAGCUCCACCACUUCUUCCUUCGGAAGUACGAGUCGCUAUCAAGAGCAUGAAACCUGGCACAACCCCCGGACCUGAUUUCAUAUCAGCAGAAUUUCUUCGGGCUGGUGGUCAUCCUCUCCAUCUUACCAGCGCACGUGACAUCCUACCUCCAGAAAGAAAGGAUCCCAGACCAUUGGAAGACCUUGCGAUUCGUUCUUAUUCAUAA